AGCGGGCUGCGGGGCCGCGCCAGCGGGAUCUCGGGCGGUUGGGAGCGCCUCUGCCAUUCGCCUCAGCUACAGCCGCCACAUCGGUCGGAAAACAUGAGCCGAGAUUUCAAACCCGGAGACUUGAUCUUUGCCAAGAUGAAAGGUUAUCCCCAUUGGCCAGCCAGGGUGGAUGAAGUUCCUGAUGGAGCAGUGAAACCGCCUACAAAUAAAAUGCCUAUUUUCUUUUUUGGAACACAUGAGACGGCAUUUUUGGGACCAAAGGACAUAUUCCCAUAUUCUGAAAAUAAAGAUAAAUACGGUAAACCAAAUAAAAGAAAAGGCUUUAAUGAAGGAUUAUGGGAAAUUGACAACAACCCCAAAGUAAAAUUCUCUCAUCAACAGUCCCAUCCAACUGUUAACAACACUGUUAAAGAGACUGUUGAAGAAAGCUGUCAAGAGCCCACUGAGGAAAGUGAAGAAAAAGUAGGAACCAAAAGGAGAAAGUCUACAGUUCCCAAAUUAUCUCCAAAACAGGAUAAUUUGCCCACUGAAGAUGAAACAGAAGAAAAAGAGAUGGAUGCUGCAAAGGAAGAAGAUGUCCCUUCAGAAAAACCCAGUAGUGAAGGUGUGGUGAAAGCUAAUGAUGUACCUAUUCCUAAAGUUGCUAGAAGAGGGAGAAAAAGAAAGUCUGAAAAACAAGCAGAAGCUGAGGAGGCAGCAGUAGCAGUGGCAACAGCUACAACAGUGGCAGCAGCAACAACUGCAGUAGUUGUGGCUCCUAAAGUGAGCCCUAAAAGAGGAAGACCAGCAGCUACAGAAGUAAAGGUCCCAAAACCAAGAGGAAGACCCAAAUUGGUGAAACCACCUUGUCCUUCAGAAAGUGACAUUGUUCAUGAGGAGGAUAAGACCAAGAAAAAAAUACCAGAAGAAAAACAACCAAAAAAACAGCUGAAAAAAGAUGAGGAGGGUCAGAAGGAAGAAGACAAACCAAGGAAAGAUAUUGACAAAAAGGAAGGAAAAAAAGAGACUGAACCAAAAAGGAAAAGUGCCACUAAAGUGGGUUCUACAUCAGCCUCUGAUUCUGAAGAGGAUGGAGAAGAGCAGGAAGGUGAUAAGAAGAGAAAAGGAGGAAGAAACUUUCAGGGUGCUCAUAGGAGGAAUAUACUAAAAGGCCAACAUGAGCGAGAUGUAGGAGAAAGAAAACGCAAGCAAGAAGAGCCAAUGGAAUCAGAGCCGCAGAGUAAAGAGGAAAACAAGAAACCAGAAGUAAAGAAGAUGGAAAAGAAGCGAGAAACAUCAAUGGAUUCUCGGCUUCAAAGGAUACAUGCAGAAAUUAAAAAUUCGCUCAAAAUUGACAAUCUUGAUGUGAAUAGAUGUAUUGAGGCCCUAGAUGAGCUAUCUUCGCUUCAGGUCACAAUGCAGCAAGCUCAAAAGCACACAGAGAUGAUCUUGACACUAAAGAAAAUACGGAAGUUCAAAGUUAGCCAGGUUAUCAUGGAGAAAUCCACUAUGCUGUACAACAAGUUCAAGACCAUGUUUCUGGUUGGGGAAGGAGAUUCUGUCCUCUCACAAGUGCUGAAUAAAUCACUUGCUGAGCAAAAACAGCAUGAGGAAGCAAAUAAAACCAAAGAACAGUGGAAGAAAGGACAAAACAAGAAAAUGGAAAAAGAAAAAGAGCAAACAGGUUCAAAGAUACUGAACGGAGGGCCUGAUGCUCAAGACAGUAACCAGUCACAGCACAAUGGAGACAGCACUGAAGAAAAAAGAGACAAGCAUGAAGUCGGCACUAAGAAAAAAACAUCUGGUGAAGAAAGAGAGCUUGAAAAAACAUCAAAGGACUCUUCCUCUGAAACUAAAUGA